AGGCCAUGGAGCAGCACAGGAGGCUGCACUCUGAGGAGAAGGGCCACGGCUGUGAGUUCUGCGGUAAACACUUUCAGGACAGCAUGAGGCUCAGGAUGCACAUGUUGUCUCAUACAGGUACAAAGUCUCACUCCUCACACAAUCCUCUGCUUAUUAAGUCUCUCAAUAGUGCCUCCUUUCAGAUGCACCUGUUCCAUACCACUCGCCCCUCCCCAGCAGACACACUCCCAGUUAGUGCUGCUCCGAAUCCUUGGAUCAUGCUUUCUGUUCAUGCUUAGGCCUGUGCACCUCUCCUCCCUCCUGCCUCCCGCUGCAGCCUCUUGCUUGAAUCGUUCCAGUGUUUUUUUGGAGACUUUGGCAGCAGGCCAGC